GUGUUGAAAACGAAACUAAAACUAGCCUAACGUGAGACGAAACAGGAGCAGACGAUGGAGACGGUUCUAUUAGCUGUGAUUUUGUUUGGUUUAUGUGGGUUUUCGUGUGGCUUUAAAGGAGAUUACCAGGAGAGGUUCUUUGACCAGUACAUUGACCAUUUCAACUUUGCAUCUUACGGCAGUAAGACUUACAAGCAACGGUAUUUGAUACAAGAUCGCUGGUGGAGACCUGGAGUUGGACCUAUCCUUUUCUACACUGGCAAUGAAGGUUCCAUCAAUGACUUUGCAGACAACACAGGUUUCAUGUAUGACAUUGCCCCGGAAUUUGAAGGUCUCUUGGUGUUUGCUGAGCACCGUUUCUAUGGAAAGUCCUUCCCUUUCGACCCUGCAGUGGCCUUCACCCAGCCCUACAUUGGCCUUCUGACCAUAGAACAGGCCCUAGCAGACUUCGCCAUGCUCGUCACUCAUCUUAAGGUGCAGCUCAACAGCACUGAUUGUCCGGUCAUUGCCUUUGGUGGCAGUUACGGUGGAAUGCUGAGUGCCUACAUGCGGUUUAAAUAUCCUAAUGUCAUUGCGGGUAGUAUAGCAGCCAGCGCGCCCAUCUUUCUCCUCACACCCGACCUCGACCGCACAUUCUUCUUUAAGGAGGUCACUAAUGACUUUGCUGCUGUCAGUUCAAACUGUGUGGACAGAGUCCGGCAGGCUUUUAUACAGAUGGACAGUUUGGCUGCUCAGGGCACAACAGGACUUGCUCAGUUGUCUAAGACCUUUAAUCUCUGUAGCCCAUUAGCAAGCAACAAAGAAUAUCGCCACCUGCUUGGUUGGAUUAGAAAUGGAUUUACAGUUCUUGCCAUGAUGGAUUAUCCGUACCAAACCGACUUUUUGGGAAAUCUGCCUGCUUUCCCUGUCCAGGUGGCGUGUGGGUACAUCACUAACGGUACAGAUGUCAUCCUCGGGCUUGCAAAGGCUGCAGACAUCCUGUACAAUUCCAUCCCAGUCAAGUGUCACGACAUUUUCAAGGAGUAUGUGGAGUGUGCUGAUCCCUCAGGAUGUGGUCAAGGUCCUGACAGUAUAGCCUGGGACUACCAGGCCUGUACAGAGGUUCAUCUUAGUGCAGGAAGUAACAACAUGACAGACAUGUUUCCUGUCCUUCCCUUCACUUCACAGAUCCGGACAGAGUACUGCCAGCAGCGAUGGAAUGUCACCCCUAGAGACGACUGGGCCACCACACAGUUCUGGGGCAGGGAUUUGGACAGAGCCAGCAACAUAGUGUUUUCUAAUGGUGAUCUGGACCCCUGGAGAGGAGGUGGGGUAAGUACAAAGUUAUGUCCCCCUGGAUGGAGGUGUGUUAAGUUAAGGGUUAUGUCCCCUGGAGGAGUAAUCGGGUCAGUAAAGAUUUGUGUCCCCCUGGAGGAGUAAUGGGGUAAGUAAAGA